AUGGCAUCGCAUUGGGAGGAAUUUUAUUCCACCAACCCACCUCCGGUCAACUUCGAAGCGAAUCGUACGCUCCUAAAAGACUUUUGCGACAAACACCACAAGAACAGGGAAAAAAUAGUUCUGGUUACAUCAGGAGGUACGACGGUGCCCCUUGAACACAACACGAAGAAUAUAUUAUCCAGAAGGAUGAAGCGAGUAAAUAAAUAUCAAUCACGGCAAAUAUUUUACAAUUAUCGCAAUGUUGGAAAACCUCGAGCGUCCGAAGUACUUACGAAUUAUAUUAAACAAUGCAACGAGCCACCGUGGACGUCGUACUUUGUAAAAUAUUCUAGCAUUGUGGACGAUCAAUGGGGCAAAUCACAUUUCAACUGGAAAGUCGGGCAUUCUAAUUACCAUAUACUCAGGACUGGGUGUUUUCCCUACGUAAAAUAUCAUUGUACUAAAAGGAAUUAUGAGAACCUUCGUGUGGAUGAUAUUUUUUUCCGUUCUAUUAAAGUUUUGAAUCUAGGAAUACCAUGUCUCGCUUACGGUAUUGCCGCAAUAUUUUUAAUUAAACAUUCAGAGGACGUUCUGAUGAAUAGAGGAAGUGUAAAAAUAUAUUUUUUGUAUCCUGAAGACAAAGGUUCAGAAUAUUAA